CAACAUGACGGCAACACGGCUGGUCACAGUUGCUUUGAUGCUCUUGCUACAGCUCCAUCUUGGCUGGGGCCACAAGUAUGUGUGCUAUUACAACAGCUGGUCUCAGUACCGUCCAGACAAGGGGAGGUUUGGGCCUGAAAAUGUGGACCCGUCCAUCUGCACCCAUAUCAUCUAUUCCAUCGCAACCUUUAAUGACAGCCUGGUACUGACGACAUACGAGAAUAAUGAUGAGACAGCCUACGAAAAAAUCAACGCUCUGAAACUCAAAAACACUGGACUGAAGACCCUGAUUUCUGUAGGAGGAUGGAACUUUGGUGUAAAACUCUUCUCAAAAAUGGUCUCCACCUCAGAUAAUCGAGCCACCUUCAUCAACUCGGUCAUAGCCUUCCUCAAGAAGUACGGGUUUGAUGGGCUUGACGUUGACUGGGUGUUCCCAAACAAGAAUGAGAGUCCUGCUGAAGACAAACAGCGCUUCACUCUGCUUCUAAAUGAGCUGCGUUCUGCCUUCACGAAGGAGGCACAGGAUUCCAGCAAGCCUUCCUUCCUGAUCUCUGUGGCAGUGUCUGGAGAGAAAGCCAUCAUUGACAACUCCUAUGAGGUGGACAAGUUCCCCCAGUAUGUGGAUUUUAUCAGUGUGAUGGCCUAUGAUUUACAUGGUGUUUGGACGAUGGUCACUGGCCACCACAGUCCGCUCUAUGCACCGGCAGACAAACCUGACAGCCAAGCAACUGUGGAAUUUGGCAUUAAAUACUGGUUGGCUCUCAAAGCACCAGCGAACAAGCUGCUCCUGGGCUUCCCGACCUAUGGCCGAUGCUUCACUCUUGCUGACCCGGCCAAAAAUGGCGUGGGUGCAACCAUCACUGGAACAGGAAAACCAGGAAUCUAUACCAAAGAGGCUGGAUUCUGGUCCUACUAUGAGGUCUGCUCUGAGCUUAGUGCUGGGGCCACUUCUCUCUGGCUGGCAGACCAGAAGGUGCCCUUUGUCUUCAAAGACAACCAGUGGAUUGGCUAUGAUGAUGAGAAAAGCUUUCAUUGGAAAGUUGAGUGGAUGAAGAGCAAAGGGCUGGGUGGAGUUAUGAUCUAUUCAAUGGAUCUGGAUGAUUUCAGUGGAGAGUUCUGUGGCAAUGGCACCUACCCCCUCAUGAAGAAACUGAGAAGCUACCUGAAUAUCACAAGCGCAGAUAUCGUUCUUAAACCAGAAACAAGCGCCACUACCCAAAAGAUUCCUUUAGAAGCCAUCUCCUCCACCAUUUCCUCCAGGAUACUUCUAACACGACUGAUUUAUGUAUCUAUUUUUGUAUUUGUUUGUUUAUUUUAAGGGGAAAAUGGUUGCUUCCUGCAGUAAAAACCAAUUAAUUGGAAAACAGAAAACUGCCAACUUGAAUGUCCCUGAAAGCGACUAAUUAGAAAGUUGAAUCACAUUGAAAGAUAUGGAACUUUGUUUUAAUACUGAACAUUUUUAUUCCAAAUGUAUUUUAUUACAUUAUUCUUGUACAUUUAUUGACACAAAUGUGGGUAACACUUUACAUUCAGUGUCUCUAAUGACUAUGUAUUACCAAUAGUAAUUACUUACUAAAUACAUGUGUACUUACACAUAAUUACAAUGUUAUUAUGCAUAUGGCAGGCCAAAUGAUCAUUUAGAGAUAUCUCAAAUUUAUAGAUAUCCCUAAAAUAUUUUAAGAUGUCUCUAAAUCAUUUCCUGAUAUCUCUAAAUAUUUGAAGAUAUCUUCAAAUAUUUAAAAGAUAUCUCUAAAUCAAAUAAAUACAUUUAGAGGAUAUCCAGUUAAAGAUAUCUCCUAAAUCAAUUUGAGAUAUCUUUAUUUUUAGAGAUCUCAAAAUGAAAUUGAAAUAUCUUCAAAAGGGUUUAUUUACCUCAUAUUAAUUUACAUCUGCAAGUGAUUUACAGCUAUCUCUAAAUAUUUCAAGAUAUCUUAAAAUGCAAUUUGAGAUAUCUCUAAAUUGAUAAUUUGGCUUGCCAUAUGUGCAUCGUUUUGUAUGAUAUAACCCUAUCCCCAACCCUAACCCUAACUCUUACAUAUAUUGUGUAAAAAGAUUUACAUGUUAAGUGCUAUGCAUAAUAACAUUAUAAUUAAGUAACUACUAUGUAAAUACAGUUAUUAGAGACACCUCAUGUAAAGUUUUACCCAUAACUGCAUGCCACCUAACCAAUCAAUAAUCAACUUUAUAACAGCACAGCAUCAGAAAGUGCAUUAUAUACCCCACAUCCUCUCAUAGCCACAGCUGUAUAUUUUGGCUGGGUCUAUUUUUGUAUAUUUCCUUCCUGAUGCAUUUGAUCAAACAUUUAAAAAAGUUAUGCAAUGAAAACAACAGGAAGAAGUACCGUUCAGUGGCAAAAUUAUUUUAGGGGUUACAGAACCCAGAACAGUGGCACCGGGCAAACAGAAACAGCAGCUUGAUAUUUUAAUGUAGAGAAAAGCACAAAGACUAGAAUUUGAUGUAAAUUUUUUGAAUAAAAAAUGUGUAUUAUUUGGACUGAAGCUAUGUAUAUAUAUAUAUAUAUAUAUAUAUAUAUAUAUAUAUAU